GUGCCAUCUGUCAUAUUCCAAUACGGGAUACUGACUGCAUGGCGCAGCUCGCGCGCCCCUCACCGAACUGACGUCACGGGCUUAGAAGGUCGCCACGGGCCCCGGUAUCCACGGGGGAGAGGGUCUGAGUCUUGGUGGGAUGAAGUCGGUGUACAAACUGCUCAAAAACUCGUCAACUUGACCCACGCAACACGUCGAAUGCACGGCGAAGAAACUGGAAGCCCACUAUGUCCAGUUCUUCCUGGGUGCCUUCGAGAACUCUGAGUAGCCCUGAAAUAUCUGCAGCACAGAUGUCACACUCUGGACCUGCUUUCUACAGACCUCCCAAAAAAGGUCCACCUGACCAGAGAGCCAAAUAUGGUGGGUAUGACCAAAAUGGACCAGCGGGUGGAAAUAGUGUACCUUCAAGGUACAUGGCCACUGGACCCUCAGGGGGAAGCAUGCAUCACCAGCAUCAAGACGGUUAUUCAGGGCCUCCGUCCUAUAACCCACUUUCUCCAAAAGGGGAACACUAUUAUCCCCCAGGGCCUGGACCCACAGAUGAUCAUCUCUUCUGGAGCACACACAUGAAAAGCUAUGAUCAACACACACGUGGGUCUGAUCAACACCUCUCUAGUAUUGAUGCAGAGAUAGAUUCCCUUACAUGCAUGCUGGCUGACAUGGAUAGCCAUUCUCAGAACACAAGCACACAGCUAUACGACAAUGUGCCUUACAACAAGCAUCUCUACAGCGAUCGCUACAAACUCAAUCAGACAGGUGCUCCGUCCCAGAACAGACCAUCCAUGGGUUACCCUCCACAUCCUCAAAGCCAGUACCAUCCUUCUCCACCUUAUGUGUCCACCCCAAAGCCUGAACACUCCUAUCCAUCCCCAUCAUCGUCUGCCCAUAUACCAUACCCCCAACCAGUGCCAGCCUCCUACACCACUGCCUCCACUCCAAGUGGGCCACGCUUUACUGUGCAGGUCAAAACUGCCCAGCCUGUGACUUAUUCUCAGAGCGGGAGACAGGCAGAGCAGGCCUACACCCCACCACCUCCUCGCCAGCAUGCUACUUGCCCUGCCCCACAGGAUCGCCCACAUUACACAGAUGUCCCAGGACAAGGACAGGGCUGGUACCCACCACCCCCUCCACCAACCCAGCAGGCCCAUGGUGAUCCAGCAGCUUAUAAGGCAAGUUCUGGUAGUGUUCAGGUGCCAAGCAGGGUACAGGGACCACCAGGAAAGAAAGGACAAGAGCAGAGUUUCCAGUCUAGUAAGGGAAUAGUGCCAAGAGCAGAGGAGGAGUUGGAUCGUCUCACUAAGAAGUUGGUGUAUGACAUGAAUCAUCCUCCCACAGAGGAAUACUUUGGCCGGUGUGCCAGGUGUGGAGACAAUGUUCUCGGUGAUGGGAGUGGUUGUAUCGCUAUGGAGCAGGUUUUCCAUGUGGACUGUUUCACAUGUAUUACCUGUCAUGCCCAACUUAGAGGCAAGCCGUUCUAUGCACUGGACAAAAAGAGCUACUGUGAGAGCUGUUACAUUAGCACAUUGGAGCGCUGCUCAAAGUGUUCAAAACCGAUCCUGGAUCGGAUUUUGCGGGCAAUGGGUAAAGCGUAUCACCCACGCUGUUUCAGCUGCGUAGUUUGUGGCUGCUGCCUUGACGGUGUUCCCUUCACCGUGGAUGCCACUUCACAGAUUCACUGCAUUGAGGACUUCCACAGGAAGUUUGCCCCAAGAUGCUCUGUGUGUGGGGAGCCAAUAAUGCCUGAGCCAGGUCAGGAGGAGACAGUGAGAAUUGUGGCUCUAGAUCGCAGUUUCCAUGUCAACUGCUAUAUUUGUGAGGAGUGUGGUUUGCUCCUCUCAUCUGAAGGAGAGGGUCGGGGCUGCUAUCCUCUGGACGGUCACAUUUUGUGCAAGAGCUGUAGUGCCCGACGAAUCCAGGACCUCUCUGCCAAAAUCUCCACCGACUGCUAACAACAGCUAUCUGUUAUGUUUCAAUGCUUUUUAUUUUUUGAGUGAUAUUCAAAGAAAAGCUCAAAGUAGGGAUAGCCCCCUCCCCCCUUCCAUCCCCCCCUUUCAUCCCCCCUUUCAUAUUAGCAGACAUCUAGGUAAUGAAAUAAUUUCACAUGCAUUAUAGCUGAAUUCUACAAACUCAGGGUCUAUAUUGAAACAGAGCCGUAAAAUAUGAAUGAAGUCUUGCAUAGGCCACUUUAGAGGUCAAGUAAUAUUCUUAACUAAAAUAAACACGUUGGUUAAAAAGAUUAAAAUGCUUAUGAGUAUAAA